GCUGCCUCCUGUCAACUUUUAACUCCUCUUCUUUCGUUGUCUGUGUGGCGCGGCCACCCCUCUUUCUGCUUCGGGAUUACGGAGUGCCUCUGAGCUGGGGCACCUCGCCGGGACGGCCUCCUCCCGGUCUGUGGGCCGGUGCUGGGACCCUGGUGUCUGCAGGCCGUUCUCCUGAGAAACCGUCACCACGGACCGUCGCCGGGACUUCCAGGGGCACCCGGGCUGUUUUGGAAGUCAAGAAAAGUUCUCCAAAAGGUCACCCGCCACUGGUCCCAUGGCUGCCAUGCAGAUGGAUCCUGAGCUUGCCAAGCGCCUUUUCUUUGAAGGGGCCACUGUGGUCAUCCUGAAUAUGCCCAAGGGGACAGAGUUUGGCAUUGACUACAACUCCUGGGAGGUGGGGCCGAAGUUCCGGGGCGUGAAAAUGAUCCCACCAGGCAUCCACUUCCUCCACUACAGCUCUGUGGACAAGGCCAAUCCCAGGGAGGUGGGCCCUCGUAUGGGUUUCUUCCUUAGCCUGCAGCAGCGGGGGCUGAUGGUCCUGCGCUGGAAUGCAGUCCGGGAAGAGGUAGACCUAUCCCCAGCCCCAGAGGCUGAGGUGGAGGCCAUGAGGGCCAACCUCCAGGAGCUGGACCAGUUCCUGGGACCUUACCCAUAUGCCACGCUCAAGAAGUGGAUUUCACUCACCAACUUCAUCAGUGAGGCCACAAUGGAGAAGCUGCAGCCUGAAAGCCGGCAGAUCUGUGCCUUCUCAGAGGUGCUGCCCGUGCUCUCCAUGAAGCACACCAAGGAUCGGGUGGGGCAGAAUCUACCCCGCUGCGGCACUGAGUGCAAAAGUUACCAGGAGGGCCUGGCGCGGCUGCCUGAGAUGAAGCCCAGAGCCGGAACAGAGAUCCGCUUCUCAGAGCUGCCCACACAGAUGUUCCCGGCAGGUGCCACGCCGGCAGAGAUAACCAGGCACAGCAUGGAUCUCAGCUAUGCCCUGGAGACUGUGCUCAGCAAGCAGUUCCCCAGCAACCCCCAGGAUGUGCUUGGUGAACUCCAGUUUGCCUUUGUAUGCUUCCUGCUGGGGAAUGUGUACGAGGCAUUUGAGCACUGGAAGCAGCUCCUGAACCUCCUGUGCCGGUCAGAAGAAGCCAUGGUGAAGCACCACACCCUCUACAUCAACCUCAUCUCCAUCCUGUACCACCAGCUCAGCGAGAUCCCUGCUGACUUCUUUGUGGACAUUGUCUCCCAGAACAACUUCCUCACCAGCACCUUACAGACUCUGUGCCAGGAGUGUGGAAUGCAGAUGUGAAAAAGAGUCACUGCUUUGGAUUACUCCUCGUCUCUUGGGAGAGCUCAACAGUAAAUGGACUUUUACCUAACUGAGAUUGAGGCUAUGAUCGAGAUCACCCUAGAAGCUGGGGGAGCAGAGAGGAGCACCUGUUCUGUCCGUGGUCUGGGAAGACAUCCUAAAGGAGGUGAUGUCUGAGCUGAGCCUGAGUCACGAGUAGAAAUUAGCUAGGUGAAGGAAGAGAAAGCAGGGGGUAGAAGGGUGUUGUAAGCAAAGGGAAAAGCAUGUGUGCAUAGAGGCACAGAAGAGGCAGCAGAGCAUCUUGGGCAGCUGCUCAGUGUGGCUGGAGAGGAGGGGCUUUGUAGAGAGUAGUACAAUCUACUGUGUAAGGAGGGGGAACAGGAAGAGGCUUUGCUAAUUCAGCCAGCAGGCUCCCUAGGACCUCGGGGGACAGACUCAUGGGUGUGCAGGGUCUCUGGAGCUAAGGCUAUUUGAAACAAGGCUUGUCUGCUCCCCGUUCCAGGCCCCUCCCCAGAGUUCAGCCAGCACUGCGUUCGGCACUCCAGGGCAAGCUCCAUUAGCUGCCUACAGACUGGCCGCUGGCUUCCCCGGCCCUUGUCACCAAGCUCACAUAGCUCCUCUAAUUAGUUAUUGAUCUGGUAUUUUGUUGUGGCUGUGCUUCCUGCUCCUGUAGUUAGUUGAUUCCCAAGUUAAUGAAACCAAAUUCUGUAACCUCCCUGUGCCCCUCAGUCACUUCUGUCCCUGCUACCACUACAGCAAAAUGGCACCAAAGAUCACUGAAAAUGAGUGUCACUCCUCCCACUAAUGGAAAAACAGUGGAGAAGCAGGUGGGAUGGGUGUUGUCCCUGGAAUCAGCUGCAGAGUAUGACUGUUGCCUUUGUCAGGUCAAGGCCCCCAGAGCCCAGAUUCCUUCCAUGGUGGUCUGUGGGCCAGCUAUGGCAUGAGGGUGGUGUGGAUCCAAGAGCUUCUUCCACCCUCAUGCUUCUGUGUCUGGGGUGGUCCUGCGGGGAGCCAACGAGUAGUUGGGGAAAAACCACUCCUUCCUUUCUGAAUAGUUUUGAUCCAGUCAUUUAACUCCUCUCAGCCUUCAUUUCCAUAAAAUAGGCAUUGUAUUGUCUUCCCGGAGGUUUGUGAGGAUCCAUUGGGAUACUCUGUGAAACUUCUUAGAAAACAAUAAAAUAGUGUGAGGAGUAAAGGGUUUGCUGUUAUUCUUAGAAGGAGUUGGGAUCCAGAACAAUCUGGAAUGGAGUUUCAGAUGUAGAGAAAGUUGUUGUUCUGCCCCUCUGUGCAUGUUUAUAUUAGAUGAAACUGAAUUAAAAAGAACAUCAAAACAAGUGGUUAAUAUCCAGAAUAUAUAAAGAACUCUGAUAACUCAACAACAACAAUUUGAUUUACAAAGGACUUGAAUAGACCUUUCUCCAAAGAAUAUAUAAAAAUGGCCAGUAAGCACAUGAAAAGAUGCUAAACAUCACUAAUCAUUAGGGAAAGGCAAAUCAGACUACAGUGAUCAUUUCACAAUAUAUGUAUAUCAAACCAUUAUGCUGUAUACCUUAAACUUAUACAGUGAUGUAUGUGAAUUAUAUCUCAAUAAAACUGGGGGAGAAAAACCACAAUGGGAUACCACUUCAUACCCAUUAGUAUGGCUAUUACCAAAAAAAUAGAAAAUAACAGAUGUUGGUGAGGAUUUGGAGAAAUUGAAAUCCUUGUUGAUUGCUGGUGGGAAUGUAAAAUGGCACAGCCACCACUGUGGAAAACAGUCUGGCACUUCCUCAAAAUGUUAACCAUAGAAUUACCAUGUGAUCCAAGAAUUCCACUCUGGGUAUAUACCCGAAAGAAUUAAAAGCAGGAAUACUAAGAGAGAUUUUUACACCCAUGUUCAUAGCAGCAUUAUUUGUAAUAGCCUAGUGGUAGAAACAAUCCAAAUGGCCAUUGACAGAUGAAUGGAAAACAAAAUGUGGUCUCUCCAUACAAUGGAAUGUUAUUCAUUAAAAAGAAGGAAAUUCUGACACAUGCCACAACAUGGCUGAACCUUGAGGACAUUAUGGUAAGUGAAAUAAGCCAGACUCAAAAGGACAGGUACUGUAUAGACUCCACUUACAUGAGGUGCCUAGAGCAGUCAACUUCAUAGAGACGGAAGGUAGAAUGGUGGCUGCCCGAGGGUGGGGGAGGGGGAACGGGGA